ACCCCAAAAAAGAAGAACUUUUGCUGAAACUGCUGGAGGAGAGACGGAUCCUGCUCCCUGAAACCAUGGGGCCCGUCAGCUACUCAUCAGAGACCUAUGACUUGAGCCAGGUGGAGCUGAGCGGUUACUAUGAAGCUGAGAACACCACCCCUUCUUUGGAGGGCUACUUUUGCUUCAACCCAGCCUCAUCCGUGGUCGGCAACCAGAGAGACCCCUUCAGAAAGGUCUUCAUGCCCCUCAUCUAUCUGCUGAUGUUCGUGUUGGGGACUGUGGGCAAUGCCCUGGUCCUGGUCAUUCUGGAGAGGUUCAAGAGGUCUCGCACUACAACGGAAAACUUCCUCUUCCACCUCACCCUGGCCAACCUGGCACUGUUGCUCACCUUCCCCUUCAGCGUGGUGGAGAGCUUGGCCGGGUGGGUAUUUGGGAAGUUCCUCUGCAAGAUCCUCAGUGCUGUCCACAAGAUCAAUUUCUACUGCAGUAGCAUGCUGCUGGGGUGCAUUGCGGUGGACCGCUACCUGGCCAUCGUUUAUGCAAUCCACACCUACCGCAAACGCAGAGCUCGCUCCAUCCACCUCACCUGCGCGGCUGUCUGGCUCUGCUCGCUGCUUUUGACCUUACCCGAUCUCAUCUUCAUGGAAGUCUGGACAGACGACAGCAAUCGCAGCAUUUGCUAUUUUCCAGAGGUUGGGAUCGACGGCAACAACGUCUGGCUAGCGACCCGCUUCCUCUACCACACCGUGGGCUUCUUUGUGCCCCUGCUGGUCAUGUGUUACUGCUACACGGCCAUCGUCCGGGCUCUGUGUCAGUCCCAGCGCCUACAGAGGCAAAAAGCUGUCCGUGUGGCCAUCCUGGUCACAGGCGUCUUCCUGCUCUGCUGGAGCCCGUAUCACAUUGUCAUCUUCCUCAACACGCUUACCAAGCUAGAAGCCUUCACCAAGAACUGCCUCCUGGAAGACCAGCUGGACACGGCCAUCAUGGUGACAGAGGCCAUCGGCUUCACGCACUGCUGCCUCAACCCCAUCCUCUACGCCUUCAUUGGCGUCAAGUUCCGCAACGACUUCUUCCGGAUCCUGCAGGAGCUUGGCUGCAUAAGCCAGGAGACCCUGCAGAAGAUCCUGGAGGUGACGAGGAAGGGCAGUGGGAUCGAGUCUGACAACACCACCUCUGUCUCCACUUUCUAG